AUGCCGGACGCGAGGCGGGUGAAGAGCGGAUACCUCGACCGUAGCAGCGCCCUCGCGGCGGCCGCCAACCUCCCCGAGUUCCUCGCAAAGCUUCCCAAGGCGGAGCUGCACGUCCACAUUGAGGGCUGCCUGACGCCUCAGCUCUGCCACUCCAUCGCCGUGCGGAACGGCCUCGACGCCACGGCCUUUGAUCCGGCGGAGGCGACGCGGCGGCGCCAGUGCGGCUCGUGGCUCCACGGCGACUACCAGCCGAUGCUGUUCUGCGGCCCGAACGAGAUGGCUAUCAAUGCCUUUCUCACCGAAUACACGCGCUGCAACGCGAUCAUGCGCACCGAGCAGGACUUCUACGAGCUGAUGCUCGGCUACCUCGAACGCGCGGCGGAGAAUGGCGUUGUCCGCGCCGAGAUCUUCUUCGACCCGCAGAUGCACUGCUUCGAGGAUUCGUCCGGCGCCGGCGCGGCUGCGGCCGAGGCGAUGGGCGGCCCGCCGCGCAUGCCCUGUGGGGUCGGAGGGCCGCGCAUGCCAUACGCGGCGGUGAUCGCGGGCCUGUGGCGCGGCAUCGAGGAGGGGCGCGCGCGCUUCGGCGUCGACGGCGCCCUCAUCCUCUCCUUCCUGCAGGACCGCUCGCUCGAGGAGGCGAUGGCGGUGCUAGACGAGGCGCUCAAGCCGGGCAACGUCGGCAAGAUCGUCGGCGUCGGCAUGGACAAUGGGACGGGCCCGUGGGGGCACGGCUCCACUUCUCGCUUCAAGCCGGCGUAUGAGAAGGCGAAGGCGGCGGGGCUGAUGCUGUCGGCGCACGCCGGCGAGGAGGAGGGCGCCGCGUGCGUCGAGAUGUGCCUCGACGUGCUCAAGUGCGACCGCAUUGACCACGGCGUGCGCUGCCUCGAGGACUCGAUCGCCGCCAUGCGCCGAGAAGACGCGGCCGUCGUGCGCAAGCUCAAGGACCGGAACACGCCCUGCACCGUCUGCCCGAUCUCCAACCACCGCGCUCAGAUUGUGGGGAGGACCUCCUGGUGCGCGGUGCCGCGAAUCUUUUGCGGCGAGAGCCCCGUCCGUGCGAUGCUCGAGGCCGGCUUGCACAGCGACGACCCAGCCUACUGCGCCAUCGGCACGGUGGAUGAGCGCUGCUACGCGUGCGAGCCGCAGACCUACGACGGCUACGUCAACUCGGCGUACAUGCGGGCCGCCCGCGACAGCGGCACUCGGGUGCCCGAUUGGCUCCACCGCCGUCGUGCGUGA